CUGUCUAUCUCUAUGUUUAUCUGUUCAUCUCCUGGUUACAUCAGGUCUCAACGCAGAGCACCUUUAACACAGAACACCCUGAGAGUCAAGAAAUUCUGGCGGCCAUGACAGAAGCCAAACGGGAGUUGGCUUGGGGGUGUGGUUUUUUUGGGAGGUGUUUUCUUGGGUGUGUCCUUGCCACCACCGAGACACACCCAUCUGUCAGAACCUUGCCCGCAGCUGUUUCCUCCCCACUCAAUCACAACAAACAAACCUCCUGCAGGUUGAGUUCAAUAACUACAGACAGAGGAAGGAUGAGAUGCCAGAGGAAGUGUUUAACAGUCUCUCUCUUUUUGUCUCUCUCUUCCUGUCUUUUUCUCUCUUUCCUUUCUUUUUCAGAAUGGGAUCUCUGGCCAUGCUGGUCCUCCUCUUCUUCUCUCAGGGUCAAAGUUCAACCCCAGAGGUCGAGAAGAGGUCAACGUGUGAUCAAUGUGACGAGCGUCUCUUCUGCAACUGCUCCUCCCGGAACUACCGACACGUUCCCACGGUAACCGUCACCGAGGUCGUAACCCUCGACCUCUCCUUCAACGACAUCACCUCGGUUGCUGAGGACGAUCUGAGAGAGUACACGUGGUUACGAACCCUUGAUCUCCAUAGCAACAGGAUCCAGAGUAUCCACGAAUGGGCCUUCCACCUUCUGCAGGGCCUGGAGUCUCUGGACAUGUCUUAUAACCAGCUGGCUGCUCUGAAUCCGGCCUGGUUCUCCAAGCUCCUCUCCCUACAACACCUCAACCUGCUGGGCAGCUGUUACAGGACCCUCGGCCCUGGAGGGACGCUGUCUCUCUUCAGGUCUCUGACCAGGCUGAGGUUUCUGAGGUUUGGGAACCCUGCUCUGGAGGAGGUGAGGAGAGGAGACCUGGCUGGAGUCAGACAGUUGGACCAGCUGGAGGUCUACGGGAAUAACCUGAAGAGGUAUGACCCUGGAAGCCUGGGUGAUCUUUGGCCUCUAGGGGUCGUGACACUGCGUCUCCGAGGACCAUUCCAGGACAACACGACACUCGUCUCCUCUAUCCUCCGUGACGUCUCCUACUCAGAAACCUUUCUGGUAGUCGCUGACGUCCUGCUGUCCGAGAAGACCUCCGUCGCACCGUUCAGAGAGACCAACCGGAGACGGGUGCGGUCCAUAAUGUUCCAGAACGCAACCUUGACGGACGAGGCCAUAGUUCACUUCAUGGAGGUUAUGGACGGGGCUUCUCUAGAGUUCUUGGGAGUAGAGGACGCAACGUUCCAUGGUACAGGCUCCUGGACGCCGGCUAGACGGACUCACCUUGACAACCUGGGCACAGUCUACUUCAGAAACAUAGAGGUCAUGAAUGUCUAUAAGUUCACCUCCUUCCUGCCUGUGGGGUUUCUACUGAAAAACCUCAGACAGAUCUCUAUCAUUAACUGUAAGGUGUAUGUGAUGCCGUGUCUGACCUCUCUCCUGUUGACCCAAAUGGUGUACCUGGAUCUGAGUGGUAACCUACUGACCGACCUGACCCUGACGGAAUCUCUGUGUCACGGGAUUGGGAUCCUGAGGAAUCUCAGAGUUAUCAACGUCAGCGACAAUGCCCUGAAGUCCAUUUCCCUCAUCAGCAAACUCGUCACCCGUCUGGACAAACUAGUCCACCUGGACAUCAGUCAGAACGCCUACACCUCCAUGCCUCACACCUGCUCCUGGCCACAGAUACUGACUCAUCUCAACCUCUCGAGGGCUAAGCUACGGAGGGUCACCCCCUGUCUACCCUCGACCCUGGAGAUCCUGGAUCUGGGACAUAACGACCUGACAGCCUUCCAUAGUGUUGCUCUCCCGGCCCUGAGGGAGCUGCACCUCUCUGGGAACAAGUUGAUGAGUCUGCCCCCUGGAUGGUUGUUCCCUAGCCUGGAGGUCCUCCUGAUCCAGAGCAACACUCUCAGCAUGUUUGGGCCCUCGAACCUCCGACUCUACAGGAGGCUCCGAGCGCUGCAGGCCGGUCAGAACAGGUUUGUGUGUUCCUGUGAGUUUGUCAACUUCAUGGUCUGGAGGUGGGGUGGAGCAGUAGAGGGCAGUGUUGAGCUAACAGACAGAUGGGAUAACUACCUUUGUGACUCACCGCUAUCCCUGCAGGGCCAGAGGGUAGACCGCGUCCAGCUAUCACCGUUCCAAUGCCACCGCAUCCUCCUCGUGUCCUCACUCUGCGGCUGCAUGCUCGCUUCCGGAAUCCUGUUUGUAAUUCUGCUCUGGAAGAUCCACGCCGUGUGGUACGUGAGGAUGAUGUGGGCGUGGCUUAAAGCCAAACGGAAUUCCGGGAACCAGAAGCGCCGGGAUGCCGCAGGGAAUGCUUACCUCCUCUGCUAUGAUGCGUUCGUGUCGUACAGCGAGCAAGACGCAGAGUGGGUCGAAGAAUUCCUGGUUCCAGAGCUGGAGGAUUCCCAGCCUCCGCUCUCCCUCUGCCUCCACAAGAGAGACUUCCUGCCAGGCCACUGGAUCAUCGACAACAUUAUCCAUGCAAUGGAACGCAGCCGACGCACCCUCUUCGUCCUGUCGGAACACUUCGUCCACUCGGAGUGGUGCCGGUACGAGUUGGACUUUUCCCACUUCCGUCUGUUUGACGGGGACUCAGAGGCGGCCGUCCUGGUGCUUCUGGAACCCAUCUCCAAGGACGACGUUCCCAAACGCUUCUGCAAGCUCCGCAAGUUGAUGAGCUCCCGUACCUACCUGGAGUGGCCGCAGGAGGAUGAGAGGAGGGCAGAAUUCUGGAGCAACCUCCGUCUGGCCGUGAGGGGCGGAGAUGAGCUGUGAUCCAACCGGGUUCCGGGAAGUCUGGAAUAUUCUCAGAAUUAUUCUUUUUCUGCCGACAGUAAAGAUUGAUUGGUUGGUUGA